AUGCUUGGCAAAGAACAAGAGUACAUCAUGAGCUUAAAUUCAGAGCACACAAGACCUGGGCUGUCGACGAUGGACAUCAAACAGAAAACUAAAACGAAAGCUGAGAAAACUUUCGAAGAACUGGUUGAAGAAUCUCUUCGUCUACCUGAAUUAAGCCCCUCCAGUCAACUCCCUCUAAGUAUGACAGAAAUACUCCGAAACUCGCAGAAAAAAAAGGACGUUUCUACUAAAUUACCGCAGAUAAAUGGUGGAAAAGUUCAGUUAGUUGCUACCAGCGACCCGUUAGCGAGCGAGAAGAAAAGGAAACGUAGAAACAAAUCAAAAACAAAUCGGCCUAAAAGACCUUCGCCACACUGCUUCUCGUCCGAUGAUGCGAAUGCCAAGAUGCGCGUGACUCAAUGUGUUAAGCCGUCAGUAGGCUUAAAAGACAAUAACCACCUGAACGCUACAACGAACACGGAGAAAGAGCAAUGGAAGAAAAAUAUGCAUACGAGGCACAGUAAACGGCGAAUUGCCGAGGAAUCAGAGAGUAUGAGCGUGUCACUGACAGUUGCAACUUACCACCAUUAAAAGAGCAAACACAAAUCAUUUGUUUAUCAUGGCAUGGCUUAUGAAAACAAUAUUCGCUCGCAAAAAUUUCGUGGAUGACUUCUUCAUUUGCGGUCGCUUCAUGGCGAGCUUCAGUUUGAGAAGCAAAUGGUUUGGAUACGAAAUAUUCAGAACUUGAACUCAGCACCGCCGAAAGUCUGCAGGUAGAUUUCUGACAGCCAAGAAUUCUGCGCAAACGUAACGCCACCGAAAAGUCAUGAAGAACAAGUUCAUCCUAACCAGUUUGUUACGGCAAACCUGGCAUUUUUACAUAACAUCUUUGUUAGUCAUCCUAGUAAAUAAUAUAAUGACUCGACUUAGAACUCGCAGUAUUUCGAUAUCGUAUGUCUUAGAGGCAGAGAGAUCGCUUUUCGUUCUCCUUCGAAGAAAUAUUUAUAGCAUUACGCAAAACCAGAGACACACUCUUGUUUCUGAAAAUCAACUAUUUCACGAUUAAGUCUUCAACGUAGCAUAACAAGGUCUCAAAAUUGAGAGGACUGGCUUACAAGAUAAAAGGACAAUCAAUCAAAGCUUGAAUUAAGAUGCUUUGUUUUCCUUCAGAGGUGUUGCGGGAGAUAGUUAAUUCUAUUGAAUAACCGUCGAUGUAUAUUGCUGAAACGGAGUAAAGAAUGGUAUUCUUAAUUAUUGAAGCGUGCAAUCUUUUGACCAUGUUAAAGAAAGAGGAUGUAUUCCAAUUUGAACUUUAAAUCCAAUUAAUUUUGAAACGUUUAGUAAGUUGCACGUUAAGUAAUUGUGCGAUAUUUAAUUAAAUUUCAAAGGUUUUAUAAAGUAUUCAGCUUUUCUAAAUCAUUGUCACCACCUGAAAAAGGUUGCACAAUCUAUAGCCGUGUGUAAACGAUCACGGCUUGUGGAUUCGAAAACUGGGAGUAACAUCGGAAUAAAAAAGAUUUACGAGAUUACAGUCAGUAAUCCUUCAAUGUGGAUAAUGUAUUCAUAAUGAGAAUAUCAUGCGGUUUAGCAGAACACAGAUGGUAUGACAUACCUUUAAUUUGACGUUAUUUAUUAUCAUAAAUCUGUUGUUCGAUGUACUUUUCCAGUCAAGAUGUCUUCAUAAGUAUGUUAAGUUUUCUCUCAAUUAAUUACAAAAUAGAAACUUUCGGCUGCUCUACGAGGGUUUGAACUUUUCUUCGGUGUAAUCUUCAAGUACAUUUCUUACAUGCCGCUUUUCUUAUAUUGAAUUUACUCAAUCACUGAGUAAACUUAGGAGAAGUGAGGAUUUGAAAUCUUCCGAAGACGUUUGGCCUCGCUUCCUUUCGACAGAAAGUCGCGUUAAAUUCUUUGAAAUCACGAAAACAGCUUUCCACGGAGUGUUUCACUUUUUAAGGGAGCCAUGACACCAUUUGUGUCUAUUGAAAAUUUUCGUCUAAAGUUUUCCGACUUGCAUUUGCAGUAAGCAGUAGCCAAUGAGUGGCUUAGAGUCCUUCAACAUGAGGUGGCAAGUGGCUUUUCAUGUUUGGAUUUAUGUUUCAGCGAUCUCUUCCUAUCGAACUGAAGCGUAGCGAGGGAAAGAAUUCCUACCAAGCUACAAUACCUGAACAUCCGAAAUGCAAAAUGGAUUAGGAUUUUUGCGGUUUUUGAUAUAAUUCCCUGUUUAAUGAUAUACAAGCAAAAAUAUCAGCAAGCUCGUUAGCUGGGAGGGAUGAAUGCGUUAUUUUUGUCUAUGGGGGGAGGAAGAGAGGUUCUAAGUUGACCCAUCCAUUGAAAGGUUUUCGAUCCUGACAAAUCACGACGUAUGUAGCUCGCAGUGUCUGAUUCAGACGGCGAGCGAGUUUUAAAGUGGUUUCCUGUACGUGGUUUUUGGUUAACAACACGAUUUCUCGAGCAAUUUGGUAUAAAUAAGCACUUGUUUCAAAGACUACAAAUUGCACCCGCCCUACGUGUUGUCUUGAAAAAAAUUACUCGUGCGAAUUGAAAUCAAACUGCACUCGAAAUCAUGUUAUUAUCUAUACAAACAGUGAGCGACAAGACGAACAAGCCGCCCUAUGUAAAGAUCAGCAGGUAAUGAAUAUAGCUUCCAUGUGGUUAGCAGCAUGACGUACAAUGGUGAUUUGAUUCGUAAAUUCAGUCAGCCCACGAUAUAGAGAAUGUGCAUUUAUGAUUUUUUCCCCUUUUCGAUUUAUAAUUCGAGCCAAGCCAUGAAUCAUCUUUACUCAAUUAACACAAAAGUUCGAACUUCAUUUCGGAUUUUCAAAGUUUCGCCACGGAGACUAAUCCCAAGUUUAAACGGGAUGAUACUAAAAGCGUGAAUGAGGAUCGGGGACUGGGUAAUGGAUAACGAGGGGUGGGGAAAACGAGGAAUGGAGACUGGAGAAUGGGGAGUGGGGAGUGGGGAAUGGAGAAUGGUAAAUGGAGAAUGGGUAGUGGGGAAUGGGAAAUGUAAGAAGAAGAUUGAGGGCUGAGGAAUGAGGAAUGGGAAAUUAUACUACUAAUAAACGAGGGCCCAAAAUUCUCGAUUUUUUUAAAAUUAUUUGACUCGAAUAUCAACAUUUUGAGAAAAUCAAAUAAUAUUAGAUCCACAGGCACUGAGGACCACAAUUUAAGAAUAGCAAUUUUAGAACCACAAAAAUGGAAGAAGUAUGCCUGAGAGACCAUGUGGUUUCAUAUCUGCUGCUAAAAAAGUAAAGAAAAAAACUUACUUAUCAUCACGUUUCGAGAUUCCUGAGAGAAAUCGUCUUUUCAAUAAUUGUCUUCAAACGUGCUAAUGAACCGACCUGGUAGGCCACCAUUUUGAAAACAACUCUGUUACCAGGUCACACGCGCUACAACAGCCGAAAUCAAGACGCCAGUUUGAGUACUUUAAGGAUGCGUUUCUCUGGCUACUUAUUAUUCAAAAAUGCUCUAUAAAGGAUAAAAAAAGGGUGGAUUGAGACUUGUUUAAGUUGUGUGGGCUAGUUUUCUAGCUCGUGUUAUAUUAAUUUUGGAAUUGUGGUAAAUUUUUCGUAGUCUCAAUACGCGUUCGAUGUCACACUUUUUAGUGGUGAAUAUAAAAACUAUGCUUACUUCUCCUUUUAUUAAGCAGAAGACUAUUUCUACUUCCCUCACAUUCGAGAGCCCUGGCAUUGCAUCGCUCGCGAAGUCAUCACUUUGCGCGUUACCUGAUCUUCUCCAAUAUGGGCAUCGAAGGCAGUUGACAAAACACGCACUUACUUUCACUCCUUCCUUUCGAAAAAAAUACAAAACAAGUCGAAAAAUCAAGAUGAUUAACCUUAAGUUAUUUGACACUAUUUAUUACACAGAUUUUCAGUGUCAAAAGUAAUCCAAGAUUAAUUUGGUUUUGCUUUUCUUCGCUAUAUAAAAUUGGUCCAGAAAAGUCGCUUCACUUUAUCAACCAAUCAGAUUCAAAACUGAAACCCAUCGCGACUGGUAACUAGCACUUUCCCGCGGUUGAAGGCUUUUAGCUGUUUACAUUUUCCUCUCUUCUGAUUGGCUGUUGUGACUUCCAUUGGUUUUGGUUUUACAACAUUCAAUUGAACGGCGCCCUGAUUGGUUUGUUUGCAAAAUGUUUAUCUCUUCAUCUUUACUUCUGGCUAAGAUUUCACUUAGUUGUCAGCUAUGUUGUCAAAAAAAGAGCUUUGUACUGAUGGCAUGUGUAUUAUGAAAAUUUUAGAAUUUUUGAUGAAAAUCGUGUCAUAGCCUCCCAUGAUCCCAGGUCGACCUUGUAACCUUCUUGUUUUGUAGUUAUCUCUAAAACUUUUUUCUGACUAAUUAGACUGAAUUCCCGCAAAUUCAUUCAAAUUAGAAAUAAUUUUGUAAAACGCGGAUAAAAAAGGCUUAACAGUACCGUGAAAUAAUUAUGCCACCGUUACCCAAAACCAUUAUCGUUUGGAUUCUAAUGGCUAUAAUCAACCCCGUUUCUACUAAAAUAAACAAAGAGAUGCCCUAAAACACUAACGAACAACUCAUUAGCUUAAAAGCUUGUUUAUUUCGUUCAAUAACCGAAGGAGCGGGCAAGAGAUUGGUAAAAAUGUAGUUCCAUUCCAGUACCUCCUGGUUAUGUUAAAAAUAGGCGGUCAAAGAAUCGCUCGAAGACAUCGUUCGCCGCCCUUAUUUCGCAAGGUUUCCGUACAAAGACAUUUCAAAAACUCGUUGGCAUAGCUAUACCGCAAUAGCUUUCUUUGUCUGGAUCGAAUGAAGUCCGUAAUGUACCAUCACUUAUUGCAGAUGAUUUAAUGUGUUUUUAACAAUAGAUGCUCUUGAGGAUUAAGACUCCAAACAAUUAUUUUUCAGCCUGUAAGAGAACUUAAUUGAACACGUGGUACAUGUGUAAAUGUUGUUUACUUAAAUAAUGAAACACGUAUCGACUGCAAUAUACCAAUGAUAUUGACCUAGUGGUAACACAGAUAUGGAUGGUUCGUAACUACUCGCUCGUUUUUAGCAAGUGUUCAACAAGGAAUGGUUUAGCUCCGGCGAUGAUUCCUAGCAUUUUCGUAGAGGCUCGUAAUGCUCCCUCGAGAACGACACAAAUGCCUUCAGAAACUUCGUUUCAGACAAAGAAAGAACUGUUCUCGAUCUACCUCCAAGAGGCAAAGUUGCGAAAAGAGUUGGAAACUCCGAUAGACGAUGACAAGCCAAAUCCGCUUAGGACCUACCAGAGAAUGGAACACGAACUCGCCGAGCGGCGCAAGUUUUUCUCGUUUAACGGCCUGACGAGGUGUAAGUCGCUACCUAGUAUUUACAACCCUACACUACACUCGCAGAGACAACAAUCAACAACAGCUUUUAAAAUGGAAUCAACAAUGCAUCCCUCCACACCUUCGAUAAAGGAACCAUUGUUUACCAAACGUGCAAAUUUGAGUUUGCAAGAAUUGGCCAAAAGUUUACGAGAUAUCAGCGAUGCUAAAAAGUCCGCGCCAAGCUUUAAAGCGGCACUGUCUUCACGCCCAGACGAUAAGGCGGUGAGAAAAAUUAAAUGCCGUCCGGGCUUAAGGAGAACAAAAUCGGAUUUGCCUGGAACAUCAAAACAACAAUGGAAGAUAACAAUUCAUAAGAGGCUACCAACGGUUAUUUGA